AUGAAGUUCCAACAUCUUACCGGAAUUAUUUUGCUGCUAAGCCAAGCGACAUCAAUUUCUGCUGCCAUGCUGAUCCCAAGGAUGGAAUCUGGUUCAGAAAUGUUUCCAAACCCAAUGGAUGACAUCAGAGCAGCCAUCAGAAAUAAAAUAAAGAGUGGAGAAGAACACAGAUCUCCAAAUGAUCGAGUAGCAAGACUAGCUCAAAAAUUAGGACACCCAUUCCUGAUUCCCAUUCGUGUUCAUCAUGAGUGGCAUCACAAUGAAGAUGAAAAUUAUGUCACCAAUGAUAGUGAAGGAAAUCUUAACCUCUGGGUACUUGUUAGAAAUGGGAAGCAAAUCCAUUCAAGCAUAGUUAAUUGGCAUGGAUAG